AUGACUAUCAGAGGAGCAUUCAGUGGGGAAGCUGCAAGCUUGGAGAGUCCUUCCCGUGAUCGUUUAGUGAGAAUUGAGCGUCUUGUGGAAGUGCAUCUAAAAGAUGGAUCGGUGUAUAGUGGUAUUAUUCAUGCUGUAGAGGAACACCAUGGAAUCAUUCUAAAGAUGGCAUCCUUGAUUGAAGAUGGUACUUUAAAAGGGCAUCAAUCCCGUUAUGAGGCUGUCAAAAAGCCACCUCCCACUACAUUCCUUAUUCCGGCAGAUGAAGUUGUGCAAGUUGUAGUAGCUAAGGAUCUCUCUGUAUCCAGUGACGGCAUGUUAAAUGCGGUUCAGGGUGAGAAGCAAGGGGAGCUUCUGACAUACUCUUCUAUAUCGCAGUCUUGUCUUGUUGAUCAGAGAAGAGAGCUAAAACCCGCCGAUGAGGAUGUUCCAGAGAAUUUGGUGAAUGUGUUUGAUAACCCUGGGAACAGGGGAUGGGAUCAGUUUUGGGUGAAUGAGUCCCUGUUUGGAGUCAGAAACCAUAGAAAGAGGGAGGAGAAUCCAAUCCUUCUAAAAGAAGGUCGAAUGUUAGAAAACUGCAGCAAGAGAAUGAUGAAGACAAUUUCCGAUUUUCCAGGGGAUUUGGUAGAGGAGGGGAUAUUCUCCAGGGCUCCAUUGACUUGCUUGAGAUCGGUGCGAUCUACUUGCAAAAAGUGGAACGCUUUAUCUAAAAAUCUGGUUUUGGGUAAAGCAGCGGCGAGGAAGCAGUUUACGGGAUUCAUGAUUAUGGAUCACAGGGUUUGUUGGAUGGAGUUCGAUCUCGGAAACAUGGUUGGUCCAUGUAUAAAGCAAGUACGCAUGCUAGAUCAAAUCGGGAUAUCUAACGUCAUCGACUGCGAAGGCUUACUGCUAUGCGUCAUCGAGGACCGGUCGAGGCUCUUGGUGUGGAAUCCCUAUCUGGGUCAAACCCGAUGGAUCAAACCCAGGACAGAGUUCAAGGAGUUGGACGUGUAUGCCCUCGGAUACGACAAGCACGGCAACAACAAAAUCUUGAGCUUUUCGGAGCAACGAAGCGGUAAAAAAUUCGUCUUGGAGAUGGAGAUAUACGAUUCUAGCUCUGAUUCGUGGAAGGUUCUUGACGUGACUCCGGACUGGGAAUUAGGGCCUCGUCAACGCUUCGUGUCUUUGAAGGGAAAUGUUUAUUUUCCUGCAAAGAAAGCAACGGUUUCUGCUCAAGAGGGUCGAAAGGAAGAGUUUUUCUUGCUCUGUUUUGAUUGUACAACGGAGAGAUUUAGUCGGCGUCUGCCUCUGCCGUUUCACUGGGAAGGUGAAGGGAUUUUCGUGUCUCUGUCUUGCGUUCGACAAGAGCAGCUCGCUCUUUUGUACCAACGCUGGGACUGGUUCACAUCUGAUUCCAUCGAGUUUUACCUUACCACGAAGGUCGAUCCCAAUGCCGUAUCUUGGACAAAGUUUCUCAUCACCUUGAAUGCUUUUCCGGUUCACCCUUAUGCUGGUAGUUUCUUCAUUGACGAGGAGAAGAAACUUGCUGUGGUUUUCGAUUUAGAAGCAUCUGGUUCUCAGCUUGAAGCUCGCUACCAAUGCGCUCACAUCAUUGGAGAAGAUGGUUACUUGACAUCUGUUAACAUCGGGGAUGCUCCUAAUCCCAGGGCGGUUGGCCAAGUUUCAUAUUUUAUCAGGGGUUAUUGUCUCCCACUCGUCUGCUCUCCUUGCGUUCCAAGCUUAGUGCAACUCCAGAUCAACCAACAGAGCAACUGCAAACAAUCUAGCUGA